AUGCUAGUCUUGUUGUCAUGCUCACAUGUUCCCGUGUAUAGUGACAUCAUGCGCGAUAAUAUGAUCCUGAACUUGACGGGCAAGAAUCUCCCGGUUGAUUUGAACAUGGAGCAUCUGGUCCGUAUUGGAAAGAGCAUGCUACCAAAUCACGGAUCUCCAAACUACUGGGAGAUUUUAGGUGAUGCGUCAGCAGCUAUACCGUCUCUCCAGAAAGCCCGUGAUGCCUAUGUUCAUGGCCUCAAAGGCAAUUACAUGGGGACCUCACACACAACACCCGAUACAUCAGCAGCCGUAUGGUCUGUGAUGGAUGCUGCCCAUACUCACAAGCUGCAAACAACAAACCCAUUGCGCAAAGCGGUCAAGCCCACAGUCGACACAAUACUCACUGGCCGUAACAAGUUGCAGUCAAGCUCUGUGGAUACGUUCAACAAGAAAAUCCAAGCGAUGGGCUUAGGUGUCGAUGUUGGAGUGGAGACCGAUGAAUUAGAACCUCUGGCAAUUGACGUAUCAAACCUAGGUGACAAUUGA